AUGGACAGAGGACCCGAGUACACUAACAAGACCCUCCGUAAUUUCUUUAUGGAACGCGGUAUAACUCCAUGCUAUACAACAACAGCAGAUUCCAGAGCACAUGGUAUUGCUGAACGAUCAAACCGUACCUUAUUAGACGACCGUCGCACACAUCUACGGUGCAGCGGUUUAUUAAAUCGUCUAUGGUUUUCAGCAGUCGAAUUCUCCACCAUUAUCAGAAAUUCUUUAAUUUCGCCAAAAAACAAGAAUUACCCACGACAACAUGCUGGUUUAGCAGGACUUGAUAUCAGUACUCUAUUACCAUUCGGUCAAACUGUUGUAGUCAACAAUCACAGUCCCGGUUCAAAAUUUGCCCUCGUGGUAUUCCUGGUUGCGCCUUACAUCCAUUACGAAACUCAUAUGGUUAUAUUAUCUAUGUUCCAUCUUUGA